CAACUCUCACACCGCACACACACACGCACACGACACUGUUGGCUGACCACCAGGCAUGCGAGGGGCCGCUUGUUAGACGGCUUUGAGGAAUCGCUGGAAGAUUUCCUAUUAUUGUCUAUCUUCGCCCGUUGACCGGAUCAUGCCCUGUUCAGAACUCUAUUGCGAUUGACUUGCGGAAUGCUUUGCCGGUGGUCGCAUACAUAAGCGUACGCGGACGAUCAACCGCGACUUUUGUUAACGAUGAGCAUCACCACUUCCUCCUUCGGUGGCACAGGCUCGAGUCUAGCUCGAGCUGUAGUGAUAGUCGCAGGUGUAUCCUCGCUGGUCGCUUCUUUGCUCUCCCUUUUGUCCAUAUGGCUUCAAACCAAGAAUUACCGAAAACCGUUACUCCAACGCUAUGUUGUCCGUAUAUUGUUGAUGGUUCCCAUAUACGCAGUGUCAUCAUGGGCUAGUAUUAUAUCUUCACAAGCGGCAAUGUGGCUGGACCCUAUUCGUGAUGUUUAUGAGGCAUUUACCAUCUAUACCUUCUUCCAGUUACUUAUCAACUUUCUCGGCGGCGAACGGGCAUUGAUCAUCAUGACCCAUGGACGACCUCCCAUUCAGCAUGCCUGGCCCCUCAACCACAUACUGCCCAAAGUCGACAUAUCCGACCCCCAAACAUUUUUGACCGUGAAACGCGGCAUCCUCCAGUAUACAUGGCUCAAGCCCAUUCUAGCCAUCAUAUCCAUUGUAAUGAAAGCGACCGAUACCUAUCAAGAGGGCUAUUUGGGCUUGAACUCCGGAUAUCUUUGGACAGGCAUUGUGUACAACAUCAGCGUUACCGUCAGUCUCUAUUCGCUAGCGAUAUUCUGGGUCUGCUUGCACAAUGACCUGGCGCCAUUCCGUCCGGUGCCCAAGUUCUUGUGUGUCAAGCUUAUCAUUUUCGCAUCAUAUUGGCAAGGGUUUUUCCUGUCAAUCCUGCAAUGGCUGGGGGCGUUAUCUAAUGGCGUUGCCGGCUACACUCCCGAUAAUCUCGCGGCCGCCAUUCAGGACAGCUUGAUCUGCUUUGAGAUGCCUUUCUUUGCACUCACGCAUUGGUAUGCCUUUUCCUGGCAUGAUUAUGCUGACUCAACGAUCUCUGCCGCCCGACUGCCUGUCAAAUACGCGCUCCGUGACUCGUUUGGCAUCCGCGAUCUCAUCGAGGAUACAAAGAUGACUAUACGAGGUGAUAAAUACGAGUAUAGACUGUUCGAUUCCGGCGACCAUAUUAUCGCGCACGCAGAAUCCAACUCGCGCGUUCGGCGUGUGAUGCAUGGUCUGCGGUAUGAACGUGGCGGGAAAGCCAAGUACUGGAUUCCGACACCCGGGGAGAUUAACAGUCGGACACCGUUGUUGGUGGGGUCCGAAGGCAGCAGCCGGGACCGACGCAGCAGCACGCUGAGUCGCAUGCAUUCUCAUAGUGAGAUGGAAGAAACCACCCUAGAUGAAGAUGACGAAAGGCUAUUCACGAACGCCCGAGCAUUGGAAUUUGGCGAUUGGAACUAUCCUGUAAUCACCGCAAACGAGGUGCCAGCAGAGCAACGUCUAGCGCUUCAACGAAGCUCGCCACAGCGACAGGCAUCAGGUGUCAUGAAGAAGUCCCGCAAGCACAAAAAAUCGCGCGCCUCCAGCGGCGAGGACAUUCCCCGUAGCGCAGGAGCCUCUCGCAGUCCGCGUAGUAGCUAUGCUGAGCAGAGGGCCAACUCCGCAGCUUCCUAUGCUUCUCACCCAAGUCAGAUCGUGGAUCUUGUUGUUGAGGACCAGAAGGCCGAGGAAGAAGAACGACAGCUUGUACAGAGGGCAUUUGGCUCAUCAGCGAUUGAGCCCGAACACAGGCAUUUCCAGAGACCAUCGGGCGAACCGGUCGAUGAACGGCAUGGGGAUGAUGUCCACGCACUUCACCCACAUAUGCAUGAUGAAGAGGAAGAACCCAGGAGACAGGGCUGGGCCUACGGGGAUUUGGAAGAAGACAAUGUUUGGGGUCGGUAGGAAGUGAGAGGCGAGCUUUAGAAUCAAUGAAGUUGCAUGUAUAUCGAAUGCACCUGGGUAGAUUGAAGAUUUGAGAUCCCCUG